CAACCUAUAGGCAGGGGAAAUGUCUCUUCCAAGAUUGUGUUUGGGAGACUUAAUCAAUGAAGACAUCCACACCUGGAAUUCUCUAUGUUGGCAAGAAAUAACCAUCAAAACAUAUGAUAAUUCCAUACCAAUCGGUGAAUCAAGCAAAAAAUUAUGGAAUCAACAAUAUUUCACAAUAACAUUUCCCAAAUCAUCCAAGCCAGGUGGAAAAAAGAGAUUAAGACCUUCAGAAAUACAAAUCACAGUUCCUAGACAUGAUAAAAGAAAUUUAGAUGAACUUCAGAAGCCAGCUCAUAUAUGGAUAAGGCAUUCUUUAAGGAAAAAAUUUCAAAGUCCAUCUAUUAAUUUAACCGUCAUGAGACAGGCCUCAUUCAGACAUCCUUAUACUCAUAUAAGCCGUUCUAAAAAGGCAGAAUCUAAAAAGUACAAAGAUGACAAAAAAGGAACAGCUUUGAAGAAAAUGUCCAAGAAAGAUACAGGCCCACAUGAAAUAGAUGAGAAACCUGAAAUAGGAAAUAAAGCAGAAAAAACUCCAUCAAAAUCAUCACAUGGAAGUCAACUAUCUAAGGAGUCAAAGUCCAAAUCAGAAACAAACCCAGAAUCCAAAGAUUCUAUACCAGUUUCAAUAAAGCAUCAAAAAAAAGAAAAGAUAUAUUCAAAAGAUUCCAAGGAGAUGGAUUUUGAAUCCAUAAGUACAAAGAAGUACUCUAAGACCUCAAAGAAUAAUUCUGAUGCCAUAUCAGAGACUUGCUCAAAAAAUAGUUCAAAUGUGGGUUUAAUGGUACAUUUAGGGGAGUCGGAUGCUGACACCAUGGAAUUUGAUAUGUGGUUAAAGAAUUAUUCACAGAAUAAUUCAAAGAAGCCAACAAAGAAGGAUGCAAAAAAAGAUGCAAAAGGGAAGGGCUCUGAUGCUGAAUCUGCAGAUUCAAAAGAUGCAAAGAAAGAUGCUAAGAAAGAUAAGAAGGGUGCAAAAGACACCAAGAAAGAUGCAAAGAAGGAUACAGAAUCUACUGAUGCAGAAUCUGGAGACUCAAAGGAUGCAAAGAAAGGCAAGAAAGAGUCAAAGAAAGAUAAGAAAAUGGAUGCCAAGAAGGAUGCUGCAUCCGAUGCAGAAUCUGGAGACUCAAAGGAUGCAAAGAAGGAUUUGAAAAAGGGCAAGAAAGAUUCAAAGAAAGAUGAUAAGAAAAAGGAUGCCAAGAAAGAUGCAGAGUCUACUGAUGCAGAAUCUGGUGACUCAAAGGAUGCAAAGAAAGAUUCAAAAAAGGGCAAGAAAGAUGAUAAAAAAAUGGAUGCCAAAAAAGAUGCAGAGUCUACUGAUGCAGAAUCUGGAGACUCAAAGGAUGCAAAGAAAGGUUCGAAAAAGGACAAGAAAGAUUCGAAAAAGGACAAGAAAGAUGAUAAAAAGGAUGCCAAGAAGGAUGUUGUGUCUACUGAUGCUGAUUCUGAAUCUGAAGGGGAUGCAAAAAAGAGUGAAAAAGAUUCAAAGAAAGAUAAGAAGGAUUUAAAGAAAGAUGACAAAAAGAAGUCUACAAUGAAGUCUGGAGAGUCUACUGAAACUGAGUCUGAUUGGGAGUCAAAGAAGGUUAAGCGAGAUUCAAAGAAAGACGCCAAGAAGAGUGCAAAGGAUACAGAGUCUAGUGGUGCUGAAUCUGAUGUGUCUUCCAAAAGAUACCUAAAGAAGACUGAAAUGUUCAAAAGUUCAGAUGCUGAGUCUGAAGAGUCUCUAUUUAAACCUGGGCCUAAAAAGAGAGUUGAUGAAUCAGAUGCCACAUCUACAGAUUCAAAGAAGGAUGCAGUGGAACCAAAAAGAGGAAUCAAAAUGCCAUCUCGGAGGACUACAUUCAAAGAAAAAGGAAAAAAAAUAGGUACAGGUAGAGUUCCUCCGUCAAGAGAAAGACCACCACUACCUCCUUGUGAGCCUAUACUGCCAUCACCUAGAGUCAAACAUCUCUGUCGGUGCCAGAUGCCUCCUCCACCUCUAAAGCCAAGAUAUGCUCCUUUGCCUGAAGCAAAAUGGAUUCAUAAGCUGCUUUAAAGAACAACUGAUCACUUCAUUUCACAGAAUGGCCUUACCACAAUUAACAAUAGCUACUCUCAAAUGAGCAUUUCUACUUCUGUGGAACUGUAAUAAAUAAAAACAAGUCUUCUGUGAGCAC